UAUACUACCUGACAUUCAAGACGACGAUGGAUGUUAAGCCUUGAGUUAGCCUUGGGGCUGAUUGUUACAACUUACAAAGUUACAACUCACAAACUUGAACUCAAGGAGACGAGACCGCAAGCUCGCCUUCUUUGGGUUGUCCACCGUGCCAUACUUGAUGUGAAAGCACUUAGGAUUGGUUGUAUACUGGUACAGCACAACGAAAUAUCCCGACAUACAUUUUGCACUCGGGACCUUGAACAGGACGGUUUGCUACGGCGCCUGUGAGCCUCCGACGUCGGCACGGCACCCUUGAAUGGACCCCUUUUGGGCCUUGCGCCUUUUCUCGAAACCUCGUUUCUCGAAAGCUUCUCCUCUCGAAAAGCUGCAGCUCUUUGCGGGAUCCCCGCCUUUAGAUGUCGCCGACCAUGGAGAAGACAACCAUGAUACUAGUAGCCAACGCGUCUGUUGCGCCGACCUGAGUCAGAAUAUGUCGAAUCGAACAACGAAGUCUGACUUCGAGAGCUGCCUCCUCUCGAGGGGGCAUCUGGGUUGUCCUCAGCUGCUUUUACCGAGGGCCAGAUUCGAGACGCCAACAAUGACCAAGCUGAUCUCCUCAUCCGGCCACUUAUGCUCCCCCUGCUCGCGUUGAUUUCGCUUUAAAAGCGGGGACACAAUGCUGUUGCACGGGGUUCUGGACAUGGGUUAUGCAUGAUAUGCAUCCAAGCGAGUGCCGAUUCAACCGCUGUGUGACGGUCCCCUGGCUGGACGUUUCGGACGUUGACGGUAGACAUGACGCCUACCGACACGUUCAAGAUGCGGAGAACAGCCAUUCGAGCAGUAUAAGAGGUAGGCUUAUGCAUUGAAGACGUCUGAGGACCUUAUCCAUUUCGUUCAUUCCCCCGAAAGCAUCCCCUACAUUUAUUCAUAGCCCUCCUACGAGAACAGCAGUCGUCACAAUGUCUUCGGCCAAUGGAACCAGCCAUUCAUGGACAUCACUGCCGCAAGCCAUGUCCAAGGCGGUCUUUUCGCUUGACAAAAGCUUGAAUAGCGAUGCUCAAUGGCAGGCGUUCGUCGACACCAAAGCUAUCAUCGAGCCGGUCACGAUGGGAGUACAAUCGACUGGCAGCAAUGAAGCCAUUCUGGUUACCAUCCAACCAGGUGCCAAAACGUCUUCAUCAACAGGUUCGGCUGACAAGGCGGAUUUCGUCCUCCGCGCACAGCCUCAGCAAUGGGAGAAGUUCUUUGACGCCGAUCCCGUGGCUCCUUACACCAGCUUCGUUGGGUUACAGGGCAUGAAUAUCGUCCAGGAAGGCGUAGGCGUGCAGGGUGACCAGGUCAAGUUCGCCCAGUACGGCCAUCUCGCAACCCGAUUGCUCGAGCUUCUCCGGGAAGGCCAGAACGGCCCGCUCAAGGAAGACGAACAGCCCGAGACAGAUGAGGACCAUAUCACCGGCAAAUACAUUUACAUCAACGCGCCCGUGUGGGGCCGAACCAAGGUCUUCUACGAGACAUCCGGCACAGGUGCCCAGCAAAUUGUGUUCCUACACACGGCAGGUAGCGAUAGCAGACAAUACCACGGAGUCAUGAAUGACCCGCGCAUGCGCGAGAAGUGCACCAUGAUUGCCUUCGAUUUACCUGCCCAUGGUCGCUCGUUUCCCGGCAGCAACCACAUUCCAGGAAACCACACUAAUAACGAGGACGCAUAUGUCGGCACCAUCCGCGAGAUGGUCAAUGCCCUCAAACUCAACAAACCUAUCAUAUGUGGCGCCUCAAUGGCCGGCCAGGUCUGUGUUGCAGUCGCGAUCCGUGCCGACGAGGUUGGCGCCGGUGGAACCAUCCCUCUGCAAGGUUGCGAUUAUCUAACUAUGGAUCGUCAAUUUAAUGACAAGUCGCCGGUGGUUAACCAAGCCUUGUUCAAUCCCGACUGGAUCUACGGCAUGAUGGCCCCCAAGAGUCCCUACGUGAAUAAGAAACUGAUCUGGCACCUCUACUCCGGCCAAGCGUACGGCAUUUUCCACGGCGAUCUGGACUUCUACUUCGGCGGCUUCGACGCGCGAGACCGCGUCUCCAGUAUCGACGUCAACAAGUGUCCCAUCUACUUCCUAACCGGCGAGUACGACUGGAGCACAACCCCGCAGAUGAGCAAGGCCACCGCCGACAAGAUUCGCGGUGCGAAUUUCCAGUCUAUGAAGGGCCUGGGUCAUUUCCCUGCAACGGAGGAUCCAAGAAAAUUUGUCCCAUAUCUCCUGGAGGCGAUCGAUUGGGUCCAAAAGACCCGCAAGUCCUAAAGGGGCAAAACAAUUGUUGGCUUUCCUUGUUGAAAGCUUCCGAGGUGGGUUUGACAGAGGGAAAGAGACUAAUCAGGGAACUGGGAUGUUGGUACCCUAGUGAUCGUUUGCGAAACAAAAAGACAGGUACCAGGUGGAAGGUUGGAAGGCUGUUCAAAGCUGCACAGGCAGAUAAACAAGCGUAUGCGCUAUUGUCAACUGCAAAAGUUGGAAUGGUUUGUCAAAAAUCAUCCAUGUUCAUUUCAUAACAAUACAUGGCUAGUACGAAGGACUCGGAGCACCCAUCUUGCGCGGUUUGGAAUAACAUGCUCGACGACUUAUGCGCGGUCUGGUCCGAAUUUCUUCUUUGAGUGUCUGGCAUCAGCACACACGCAAAAAGGACGGCUUUUCGGAACAACUGUGACAUGCAUGGUUCAUGCCCUAUACGACCUCACCAUCCUCAUCUUAGCCGGUGGUUCAGCCGGGCCCCCGUCCGGAUUCGUCACUGCGCCCUGGAACCCCAACAACGUAUUCCAAGUAUCAGCGGUAGAUUUGUCUCGUGUGCCAAGGGCCUGGAUUUGAGACUGGGCGUCCUUGCAUAGGGACUUGGCUGCGUCGUUGGCCUCGCAUACAUUGGUCAAUUGGUCGCAGAUACGGUUGGUGAUGAUAUCUAUAAUAAUGAUGGUCGUUAGUCAAUCAACGACAAUCAUAACUUACGAACGGGAUAAAGAGAAACACAUCACAUACUCGGAUUCAAUGCCUCCUGCUGGCCCUGUGCACAUAACGGGUCGAUGGGGAGGAAAGUAAACUCGGUGGCUGGGCGGCCGCCGAGACCGCCUUCGAAUUUCAUGGUUGGCACGCAUUUGCCGAAGUCGGCUCCUGCCACUGAGCUUGAGCUUGAGCUUGAGCUUGAACCUGUUGAAUUGUUGGUGUCGGUAGAUGCGCCGUUUCCGUUUGGGGAGGUCGUUGUGUCGGUAGAACUUGUGGCAGCAGCCGUGGAAGAAGUAGAGGACGAGGCGCUGGACGAGUCUGCAGCAGCAGCACAUCCAUUGGCGUUGGUGCCGGAACUACCAGUGGAGCUGUUGGCAGCGACACUGCUAGCCGCAGCUGUAUUCGAGCUCGCGGCGGAAGUAGACCCACUGGCCUUGCCAUUGCCACCACUACCAGUAGCAGCGUUGUUGGCCGCCGGCUCAUUGCCCGUGUUGCCGGAAGGAUCUUGGGUGGUGAAGUUGGUGAAGCCAUUUUCGGCCAGCAGGUCCGCUACGCUCUUACCCGUGGCAUCCAGGGGCGUCUUGACUGUCUGGGCAGACAAGGCAUUGGCGACGUCCGCCCCAACGACAUCCGGGUCAAUGAGAGGGGUGAUGCCACGCAGAACAUCUGUGGCUGGCAGAGUUGGGUCGUCGCAGAUUGUAGGAACCGACUGGGUGAAAGGGUUGAAGUUUUUCUCGGCCGCCACAAUGCCAAUCGCAGCAGCGACGGCAUCCGCCCCAUUUCCGAGUUCGGAAAUGAUUUGAUCGCCGCGCUUUAAUUUGUCACAUGCGUUGGAUCCCGCAAGGAGGUCGCUGAUGGCGGCGCCAGCAAUGGUUUGAGCCACGCCGGGAUCUCCGCCCUGAACAGCUGCGAUGGCCGGUAUAGGGACCUGUUCCUGUCCAAACCGGGCCUGGACCACAGCGAUUACAGCGACUAGCGCAACUGUGGUUGUCGUCUUGAAUUGCAUGCUGAUACUUAGAACCUGCUUCACUGGUCGUGAAAGAGUGGAAUGCGAGAACGAGUCAAGGAAAGAGAGAGACUAGCUCGUGAACGUCAAGAAAAGAGCGGACCGACCAGCGGCGGGCAGUAGAAUCAGAAGGCGGAGAGACGAUCGUGUAUGGUAGAAUAGACCGGCCUUGGGCUUUUGAAAGAGAGAUCUCUUGCUUUCUUAUAUCAAGAUUUUGUCCAUGACCCCAAGCGCAGCCCGGCCGGAUGUCGACACCCCGAAAAAAC